GAUUUAGAUGACCAAACACUUAUCAAAGUGGGUUUUUGGGUCGCGGAGAGUAGUCAUCGCCUGGAGCUAAUAUCAAGACACAUAGUACCAUUAAACAAAUAUCGAAAAAGUGAUACGCAAAAGAAUACAUAG